CAAGCGUAGUACCCCUGUUUGUCGGCCCCUGAAAAGGGAGGAGGCGGUGUCGAAAUCUAGACGGUGGCCGAGCCGAAGCUGACGGGAGUUAACUCAGUCCCAGAACAAGGCGUCAGUCCCGCGCGGGGACCGAUGGGACCCUGUUGGAUGGAGGAAGCCGAGCCCUGAGAUCAACAACGGCCCGGCUGGCCUGGCGCGGGGCCCACAGUGGGGGCAGGCAACCUUGCCUAAGCCGCCCAGGGCCUUUCCUCAGGUCCUGGGCAAGGGGCCUAGGCCCCGGCCCCGCAACCAGGCCCGGCUCGGCCGCUCAGAAUCCGUGUCCGACCCAACCGGAAGUGGAGCCUUCACCGGGGCCAUAGUCCAGUGACUAGGCCGGGCCUGGGCCUCCUGUCGGGGUCGGACUGGGACGAGGCCCCGGGGAGGCCCCUAGGCCACCAGACCUCCCCCCAAGGCCGUUGCCUGCCGCGAAGAUGCAGCGCGCCCUACCAGGCGCCCGCCAGCACUUGGGGGCCAUCCUGGCCAGCGCCAGCGUGGUGGUGAAGGCCCUGUGCGCGGCUGUGCUAUUUCUCUACCUGCUGUCUUUCGCCGUGGACACGGGCUGCCUGGCGGUCACCCCAGGCUACCUCUUUCCCCCCAACUUCUGGAUCUGGACCUUGGCCACUCAUGGGCUGAUGGAGCAGCAUGUGUGGGAUGUGGCCAUCAGCCUGGCUACAGUGGUGGUGGCUGGGCGUUUGCUAGAGCCCCUCUGGGGGGCCUUGGAGCUGCUCAUCUUCUUCUCAGUGGUGAACGUGUCUGUGGGGCUGCUGGGGGCCUUCGCCUACCUCCUCACCUACAUGGCUUCCUUCAACUUGGUCUACCUGUUCACUGUCCGCAUCCAUGGCGCCCUGGGCUUCCUAGGUGGUGUCCUGGUGGCACUCAAGCAAACCAUGGGAGACUGCGUGGUGCUUCGAGUGCCCCAGGUGCGCGUCAGCGUGGUGCCCAUGCUGCUGCUGGCGCUGCUGCUGCUACUGCGGCUGGCCACACUGCUCCAGAGCCCAGCACUGGCCUCCUACGGCUUUGGGCUGCUCUCCAGUUGGGUCUAUCUUCGCUUCUACCAGCGCCACAGCCGGGGUCGAGGGGACAUGGCCGACCACUUUGCUUUUGCCACCUUCUUCCCUGAGAUCCUGCAACCUGUGGUCGGACUGUUGGCAAACUUGGUGCACGGCCUCCUGGUGAAGGUAAAGAUAUGUCAGAAGACAGUGAAACGCUAUGAUGUGGGUGCCCCAUCCUCCAUCACCAUCAGCCUCCCAGGCACAGACCCUCAGGACGCCGAGCGGAGAAGGCAACUAGCCCUGAAGGCCCUCAAUGAGCGGCUGAAGAGAGUGGAGGACCAGUCUGUCUGGCCCAGUAUGGAUGAUGAUGAAGAGGAGGCCACAGCCAAGAUGGACAGCCCCCUGCCAUCAGACAAGGCCCCCACAUCCCCAGGGAAGGGGGCUGCCCCAGAAUCCAGCCUAAUCACCUUCGAGGCAGCGACCCCGAAUCUGUAACUCCAAACUACCCCGAGGGCAGCACCUCUUCUCCUAAGCCCCCCUCACCACCCUGUCAGCUACUCCAGGGUACCAGCUGCCCUGAGGGGAGGGAAGAAUGCCUGCUGGAAGUUUUUGCAGCCUUCCUGCUGUUUCUCGCCAACACUACCCAGGCCUCUUGCUACCUGGUUUCAACUCCAGACAACCACUAUGCCAGGCAUGGGGCCUCUGAGGCAUCAGGCAGCCCAGGCCCCAUCUGAGGUAAGACUGUGCUUCAGCAGACAGCCCCAAGGAAGUGGCUGCAAGGACAUUGGUGCCACAGCUCCUGAGCUGGCCCUCAUGCCUGAAACUGGUUGCUGAGAGCCCUGAGCCAAGGCAAGGAUUUGCCAAAAAUGUUCUGGGGGCCCAGCCAGUGCAGAGUUGCACAUCCCCGCGUACCCCCGGAAAGACUGUGUUCAGGUCAAGAUUUCUGUUUCCCUCUGCUGUGGCCGUGGCCGCUUCUGGGCCAGGACAGCCACAGCUCCCAGAUAUUUUCUACAGGACCACUUGAGCGGGCAGCCAAGCCCAGCCUCGCAGUAUCAAUAAAGCAGUUCUUGGAGA